AGACGAUUGCCCUUUAGUCUAAACAGACAAAUAAAGGCCCAUGAGGCUUCGAGGUCCUCUCCAACAGGAAGAAGAAUCCUGUGCACGCGAAGUAGACGAAGAAGAAGCACGAGGAAGAGGAAGAGGAAGCUAAAUUGGGAGUGGCGCAUUUUAGACGUCCGGAUAACCGUCGCUGUCUCUGCUCUUCGACUACAUCGGUUUCUUCUCUUCCUUAGAAUCUAUGGCUGCUCCACCUGCUAGGGCCAGAGCCGAUUAUGAUUAUCUCAUUAAGCUUCUUUUGAUUGGAGAUAGUGGUGUGGGUAAAAGCUGCCUACUUCUACGUUUCUCUGAUGGCUCCUUCACCACUAGCUUCAUUACCACCAUUGGCAUUGACUUUAAGAUCAGAACCAUUGAGCUUGAUGGCAAACGUAUCAAGCUCCAGAUUUGGGACACUGCUGGUCAAGAACGCUUCCGCACUAUCACCACUGCUUAUUACCGUGGGGCAAUGGGCAUUUUGCUAGUGUAUGAUGUCACAGACGAGUCUUCCUUCAACAACAUUAGAAACUGGAUUCGUAAUAUCGAACAACAUGCUUCUGAUAAUGUUAACAAGAUCUUGGUUGGCAACAAGGCUGACAUGGAUGAAAGCAAGAGGGCUGUACCUACAGCAAAGGGCCAGGCUCUUGCUGAUGAGUACGGAAUUAAGUUCUUCGAAACAAGUGCUAAGACAAACUUAAACGUGGAAGAAGUUUUCUUCUCGAUAGGGAGGGACAUUAAGCAGAGGCUUUCUGACACUGACUCCAAGGCAGAGCCUGCGACGAUCAAGAUAAGCCAAACAGGCCAGGCCGCUGGAGCCGGGCAGGCCUCACAGAAGUCUGCAUGCUGUGGAAGUUAAAAAAAGUUGUAAAAUUGAAGUUUUAAAAAAACGAAGAUGUCCCUGCUGGGUGCUCUGCUUGUUUUAUUCCAACAUUUCUGAUUGGUUCUAAAAUGCCUUUUUCCUAUUUGUACGAAGGUUUUAAUCGAAACUUGUAUUCUUCUUUUUAUGUUGCUUAUAUUCUCGACGAUGACUGAAUAGUUAUAUUUCUUUUGCUCUUUAAUUCAGUAUAUUGACUUCUAAGA